AUGUCCGAUUCUGAAUCAGAAGGAGGCGUACCCCUGAUCGAGGCACAGUUUGACAUUGACGCUUCGUCCAAGAAAAGAAAAAGAGAAGCGGAGCCCGAGGCCAGCAAAGACAGCAAAAAAGCGGCCAAGAAAGCGAAACGGAAAGAGAAGAAGAAACAGAAGGCCAAAGAAAUCGACGAAGAUGACUUGGACCAGGAGUUGGGUGUCAAUCAUUCUUUUGAGCGCAUGGAUGGCCAGCUCCUGGCGGAUUAUGUGAAUGCACGAACUCGACUUUACGGGAAAGAAUUGAGUAGUGUUGAACUUGAGGACAAGUUCAUUUCUGCCCGCACGGUUCAAGAUAGUAGUAGCUGGACCGAACCACGAACUACCGACAAUUUAUCAGCUUUCCUAAAAAAGCAGGCAGGAAGCCUCGAGCCGACAGCACCGAAGCCACAUGGAGCACCGCACACGAUUGUAGUCACGGUAUCUGGAAUUCGAGCAGCGGAUGUUUGUAGAUCUCUCAAGUCAGGACUGCCUAAGCAAGGCGUCAAAGCACCGAACGUGGCCAAGCUAUUCGCAAAGCAUCUCAAACUGCCGGAUCAAAUAGCACAUCUUAAGAGGAGCAAGGUUGACUAUGGGGUAGGGACACCCGAUCGACUGACAGCAUUACUCCAGGAUGGGGCUCUCUCAACGGUCAACUUGAAGCGAGUGGUGGUUGAUGUGUCGUACAUUGACCAGAAGAAGCGCGGCAUCCUUGACAUGAAAGAUCUCCAUGAGGCAGUGAUCAAAUUGCUUCUGCGGAAAGAGUUUGUCGGCGAGGACAAGCAGGGCGGAGACGGACUAUUUCUCUUCUACUAA